GAACCUUAUGAUCACGGCGCGCCGCUCGAAUUAUUUACCGAGGGUUAAUUAAUUGAAUAGUACUCAAAUUAAAGCAUCCCACAGAAUCACUCCUUGUUAUCGAUAUAAAAUACAUAAAUAGCGAAUACGCAUAAUGGGUGGACUUGUGCGUUUUAUGGUAAUACCCAACAUCGAGAAAGUGACUUCAGCCGUUUAAUUAAAAGCAGCGAAUCAGAAAAACUUUAAAAACCGCGAAAAUUGAGUUCGCGCGGAGGAUUGCGCACGCAUCGGAUUUUUGAUGCGUAAAAGCGGCGUGUUGUGCCUAUGGAAAUGCCGGUCAGUACAAUCGUAUUUAUUAAUUGUUUUGGUCACUCGUUAUCAAGGAGUAGUAUGCAAGAAGUCGGACAGUGUGAGAGUGACAGUUAAUUUGUGCGAAAUUGUAAUAUUACUCGUAAGAUUAUCUCUUUUGAAGGAAUUAAAAAUGUCGAAAACUCCAGAUAUUGAGAAGCCUGUGCCAGACUCGCAAGAGACAUAUUACGAUAAGAGCCAGAAUAUUGACAACAGUCAAAUGUUUAACGAAAGCCAAGACUUUGCUCUGAUUGUUGCCGAAGACUCCGAUGAAAGUACAAAGAAUAGAUCUCCGAUUGAUAAUGAGCUGGCAAAUCCUUCGGUUAAUGAAAAUCUGGAAGAAACAGAAAAAAUCAAAAGACAGACAGAUAUUGCCGAUAUAAACCAGACUGCACCAAUUAUCGAAGAAAAAAUAAAAGAUGUUGUAAACGAAGCCGAUGAAACCAAAGAGAAUGACACCAUGGCAAGUUUAAAAAUGCAGACUGAUAGCGACGAUUCAAAAUCUAAAGAAAAAAGUGGCAGCGACGAUGACGAAAUAAUCCAAGGAACUCCACCCGAAAUAUGGUCUCCCUCUAGGAAGUUACUUUCGGGUACAACUGCUGGCAAACGUAAGGCUGAACCGAUCGACGAACCAUUGGCAAAGAUACCGAGAACAUUGUCAGAAGAAGACGCCUUUAAACUAGAUAAAGAAGAAGUGGCAAACCGAAUUAGCAAAUCACGCGAAGGUAAAAAGUUAAUUUUUAAUGAUGUACAAAUUGGGAAAAAAGAAUCCCAAACGGAUAUUAUUUGUGAAAAUACAGAACAAAUCGCGGAUAAAGAUGGUCAACAAAUAGACAGUUGCGUCGUUGAUGCGCAAACAAAAAAAGUAAUUAUCGAAGAAACGCAAACAGAUAUUAUUUGUGAAAAUACAGAACAAAUUGACGAUAAAGAUGAUCAGAAGAUGGACGUUGACGCGCAAACAAGAAAAGUGGUUAUUGAAGAAACCCAAACAGAUGUUAUUUGUGAGAAUACAGAACAAAUUGAUGAUAAAGAUAAUCAGAGAAUGGACAGCUGUGCCGUUGACGUGCAACCAAAAAAAGUAAUCAUUCAAGAAAGCCAAGAUGUCGUAGACUCUGAACCGAUAACUUCCACCAAUGGACGUGACAAGGACAAGAAUGUAUCGAGCGACGUCACACAAAAAAUCACUGAAAAUCCUGAAAUUGUUGCAGAUCAAACCAAUUCAGAGUCCGACGUGUCCAGCACUAAGCCAGAUUCAUCGGAGAACAACAUAAGCCCGCUUAUAGACAGCCAGGCUAAAGAUGUACGGCAGAAAAAAAUAACAUUGCCAAAGUCUCCGGAGAAGAAGACAAAGGUGACAACAAAUGGGGACAGCACAGAAAAGGCCGUUUGUAACGUUCCUGUAGAAUCCAUUGAUAUUACAGAAACGGAUGGGUCCGAAGAGACAACUGGCAAUGUUAAAAAGAUCUCAAAUAAACAAAAUGAGAGCGCCUCAGAACCAGAGAAAUGUUUCUGGAAUACUGCCCUGCCAACCACUGACAGCAACUCCGAUUCUAAUUUUGAACCUUCGUCUAACGGGUCAAACAAAUCGAGAAGAAGUGUCGAAGUUAUAUUUGAUCGAAAAUCGUCAAGCCAAGAAAAAAAGAAGUGUCAAGAAUGGGUGCAGAUUGACGAGGAGGGAGAGAAGAUCGUCUUAGACUCCUCUGCGGAGGAUUUUCAGCUGAGGAUGUCGACGGGCUCAUCGACUCACAGUCCUAAGAAUUCAACGAUUUAUAAAAGCUGUUUAGACGCAAAAAGUCACAGCGAAUCGAGUUACAAGUCCGCCAAUUUGAACGAAGCCCAGGGAAACAAAGAGUGGACCGAAUCAUCCAGUUGUCAAAUAACAAAUGGCGAGGAGGAUCUAGCGGGAAGUGGAACCACAAAAUCUGUUAGCAUAGGAUCUGAUGUAUCUAUGGAUGAUGCUACGCCAGAACCUGGUAAGCGGGACACCACAAAACCUAAUCCGAUACAGUCAGAAACAGUAAAAAUAUCCAGUGCGAACCCCAAAUUGAACGACAGCGUAGAGCUGGCAAAUCUGGUGAGCGACAGCGAGGGCGAUAGCCUCGUCAUUAACGAGCGCGUGGAAAAUAAAACUGCCGAAAAAAUUACAGUAGGCUUUACCAAGGGAUUUGCAGCCAACAAAACUACCGCGUUUGAGAAAAGGAUGCGAUUUUACGUCGAAUUGAAGUACCUGUUACACGUCGACGACGGUACCAAAGAAAUCGUUGGCAAAGAAAUAACUGAUGUCCAAUGCGAGCCAAUUUUUGAAACUGCUAUACCCCGAAGGAAUAGCGACGCGUCGGGAUGUCUCGCUGACAUAUCUGGGAAUGAGAACAAGGAUACUUCACCUGGAUCGGUCAUAAGUAAUCCCCAACUGUUUCCACUCCUCCCGUCGAGAUUUUCCAUCGCGUCAACGGUGAGCUCGUCAAGUUCCGUGUCGAGCGCCGCCUCUUUGGCUGCAAAACUCUUGAAGGAUGGUCAAUUUUCGCUUCCGAAAGGCAGAGCGAAGCAUGCGAAGAGGCCGGCGACCGAACCAGUUUUGGAAGAUCAUUUGAACCUGAGCGGAGAUUCGAAAAAGUCGACCCAUGGAUGGAACAACGCUCAGUUGAUCUUGGACACCCUUCUGAGUUCUGCUGGGACAAUUAUCAGUUCGCCGGAUAUUCUCCAGUGCGAUGAGAAACCUGAAAAAAUCGAGGACCAAGUACUGUCGUCCACUCCAGAGCCGAUCCAAGACGAACAAAUUAAUUCUCAAGAAGUAACGCCGAAAAGUACAAGGGCCAAGAAACCGCUGAAACGAAUCCGGACGAAGAGUAACACCUCGCAAAGUAAUGCGAUUAGGAAGGCGUCUCCGGAGGUUAUAUCGACGAGUCAAGAAGACAGGGUUCCCAUUCCCAAAAAGACGCUGGAUAACGUCGACAGCGUCCAGUCCGAACAAUCAUCCCAAAUAGGGAUUCUCUCAACUCCGAGUAAGUUGACAGCCAGAUCAGAGUCUCUGAGGAGCCUCACUCCGCAGAACUUAUUGAGCAACGAAUUGGUGGGGAAAGUCGUAUUUGCGAGAUGGAGUGACCAUAAUUACUAUCCGGGGGAAGUUAUUGAAAAAACAAAGGACAAAUACAGGGUGAAGUUCUAUGACGGCAAGACCAAACUCAUGAUCGAGGAUUUCAUAAUACCUAUGCCCGAGGUACUGAAGGAUGGUUGGUCGGUUUAUGCCACUACCGAAGAAGAUGAUUAUGGGUCAAUAGGGAUGAUUCGAAAGUCCGAGAAUGUUGACAAUGUUUUAUAUUACACUAUUGAAAUGGAUGACGGUAAAACAGUGCGUGUAGAAGUGAAGGAUAUAUUUUUGAUGCCGGGACAGGCUGAGGUUUUGAGAGAAGACUUUAAUCGCCAGGUAAAGAAUUUACCAAAAACCCCACAGCACUUGGGUCAAGUUAGUCUGGACAAUUUGGUGGAUGGGAAGAGAAGGUCUAGACGUGCGAUUACUCCAACAAUUUCAACUCCUAAAUCAAAAAAAAUUACCACGCCUAGAGUUUCCAAGCUCACUGACCUUGUGACGCCGUCAGGUUCUGGUGUUUCAAACUUUAGAUUGACCUUGAGAGAGUUAUCCAGUUCUGGAAGCGAGACCAAAGCGACUGACUCGAACGUUUCGUGGACAGAAGAUGUGGACGGUGUUCAACCCGAACUCGUUGAGAUUCCAGCUGCACAGGUUUCGAAAGGACCCUCGAACCGAAUGAAAGGAAAAGGUCGCAGCAAAUCCAAACAACAACAGAACGACGCAGAACUUGGUCCUAUCCCUUCAAAAAGUUCAACAAUUUUCAAAAAUAUGACCUUUAUCCUGACCUGCACGUCGUCAGAUUUGAUAUCAAGACGUCAGACGGAUGACUCCUGCUCCGAAACUGGUACAGAAAAUGAAGAGGACUGGCGAAAGAUACCCUUCAUAAAAGAAAGGAUACAAAAACAACUGACCAGUGGCGGCGGAAAAGUCUACGAUUCGUUCAAACUAAUACCCCAAUCAGAGUACAAAAAUACCAAACUUAUCACAAACGUACCCAAUUUAACGGCAAAAAGUGUACAAUGUAUGUCCGUUGGGAUCCCGACUUGCAGCCACAACUGGGUGAUCAACUGCUGCAAGGAAAACAAAACUUUGUCGGUUAGUGACUACGCGCUGCCGGUUGGAUUAAGUAUAGUGAGAAACAAGUACAUAGAGUUAUGGGAAAGGCCGAACAAAGAACCAUUCAACGGUAUGGUAAUAGGUAUACCGAUGCUGGAUAACAGAAAUGUGGCCAAACGUUCGGUCCAAUUUUGGAGUCGUAUAUGUGAGAAUGCUGGUGCUGUAGUUCAAGUCAUAGAAGAUACAGAUUCUGAUCUUUGUAACUUAACCGCAGUAUUAGCGGACAACAGGUGCCCAAAUUGGAUUGUAGAAAAAGCCUGUGACUGGCAAAUUCCCCUGGUAUCGACUGUUUGGAUUGUACAAUGCCUGAUCGAGGGACGAUUGGUGCUUCAUGACUCCCAUCCAGAAUUCUCACACAUGAAUAUCUAAUUUCAAAGAGAUUUUGUUAUGUCCCAGAAGUUAUUGUGUGCCAACAUCAUAUUUCAUAAUACUUUUUUUUUUUAUUUUUAAAGCGAUGUAGCCUUUAUUUAUUUGAUUAGUUUUUUUUUUUCUUCAUUUUUUUAACGUUUUGAUACCUGUUGAGGCUUUAAUAUCCAAAGUAACGUGAGCGAACAAUGCGUCAUUGAUUUUAUCAGUUCAGAUUUACUGCACUAUUGCAUUGCAUGCUAUACUCAUCGAUAUAAUGACAUAAGUAGAAAUAUUACAAACCUGAGUUUUAAGGUACAAGGAAAAACUACCUUUGCGUACAAUUUUUUGUAUAGUUUGGUGGAUACUUUCGAUUAUCAAAAUGUUUUCAUUGUAAUUGAAGUAUAUCGCUGAAUGCACACGACUUUCGAAGUUUCAUUGAUAAAAUGAAGGCGAUUAAUGUACAAUUUUUCUGGCAUGGAAAAUAUAUCGACAUAUUUUGACA